UGUCACACAGCGGAGGCAGCCAGCAGCCGGUGCAAAGAGUGAGCCUACUCUGUCAUUUAGGAUGACUCACUGGAAUCUGGCAUUAAUUUCUCUUUUUCUGGUAGUGGACGGAGAACAACCAAAAAGCUACACUGGACUAGAGCAAGGGGAAGGAGGCAAGACACAUGACAAGAAUCAUAGAGUGAAAUAGCUGGAAGUCCACCCACUGGGAAAGGCUGGAUGGCAGAACCACUGUGCAAUGCUGCUGUAAAGAAAUGCAAAGAAACUAUGCCCCAGACACCAAUAUUUUCCAGCAUGCUUGGUUCCAGUUGUAGUGGACAAGUGCAGCCAGAUAUGGGAGAGAGGUGCGUGGACCCUGUUUAUCAGGAUGGGAACCUUGUUUCUGGAUCACUGGAGGCCUUGAUAGAGCGCCUGGUGCCCACCAUGGACUAUUAUCCAGACAGGACUUACAUCUUCACUUUCCUGUUGAGCUCACGAGUCUUCAUUCACCCACAUGAGCUCCUGGCUAAAGUGGGGCAGAUAUGCAUUAAACAGAAGCAGCAGCUAGAAACGGGGACUGAGGCAGAAAAGGCAAAGCUAAAAUCCUUCGCUGCCAAAAUCAUUCAGCUCCUGAAGGAAUGGACUGAAACUUUCCCCUAUGAUUUCCAAGAUGAAAAAUCCAUGAAAGAACUGAAGGAGAUUGCUCACAGGAUCACACAAUGUGAUGAGGAAAAUGGAACAGUGAAAAAGAUCAUUAGCCAGAUGACACAGAAUCUCCUGAUGGCCCUCUCCGCACGGAGCCAGUACCAGGAAAUCAGAGAGAAAUUCCGGCAACCUGUUACCGACAAAGGCACCAUCCUCAAAACCAAGCCACAGUCAACUCAAAAGGACAUCCUGAGCGUGUGCUGUGACCCUCUGGUCUUGGCACAGCAGCUGACCUAUAUCGAACUGGAAAGGGUGAGCAAUAUUUACCCAGAGGAUCUGAUGCAGAUUGUCAGCCACAUGGACUCCCUGGAUAAUCACAAGUGCCGAGGCGAUGUGACCAAAACCUAUAAUUUGGAGGCCUAUGACAAUUGGUUCAAUUGUCUCAGCAUGUUGGUGGCUACAGAGAUUUGUCGGGUUGUAAAGAAAAAGCAGCGUACAAGAAUGGUGGAGUUUUUCAUUGAUGUGGCAAGAGAAUGCUUCAAUAUUGGAAACUUCAACUCAAUGAUGGCUAUUAUCUCUGGCAUGAACUUGAGUCCUGUGGCACGGCUAAAGAAAACUUGGUCCAAGGUCAAAACAGCCAAAUUUGAUGUUUUAGAGCAUCACAUGGAUCCAUCCAGCAACUUUUGUAACUACCGCACAGCCCUGCAAGGAGCAGCACAGCGAUCUCAGACUGCCAACAGCAACCGAGAGAAAAUAGUCAUCCCAGUUUUCAACCUGUUUAUUAAAGAUAUCUACUUUCUGCACAAAAUACAUACGAACCGCUUGCCCAAUGGGCAGAUAAACUUCAAGAAAUUCUGGGAGAUUUCAAGACAGAUUAAUGAUUUCCUGACAUGGAAGCAGGUUGAGUGCCCUUUUGAAAAAGACAAGAAGAUCCAGAGCUAUCUACUCACAGCACCCAUUUAUAGUGAAGAAGCUCUGUUCAUCGCAUCCUUUGAAAGCGAAGGUCCAGAAAACCACAUGGAAAAAGACAGCUGGAAAACACUCAGGACAACUCUGCUUAAUAGAGCCUGAGAUUUUUUUCAUCUUCUCUGCAGACUUUGAAGCACAUCAAAGGACCGUGUUUUUACAACCUGAAAGACUCGGACUGAGCUAAGACAGACCUCACUGGCUGAGGUCUCUUUUGUAUAUACAGUAACUUUUAUGAAAUAAAAUGUGGUAAAUAUUUCACGUCAACCUUAAGGCACUUAAGUGAAGGGUUUGGGGUUUUUAUUUUAAAUAUAAGGGCAGGGCCCUGUUCUCAGAGAUGAAGUGUAUCAUGGGAGAUGGUAUCCCUGGGAGAUCUUAUUCUAUCAGCAUCCAAAUUUUUAUUUUUUAUUACUUCCACCAACAUAAAUAAGAAUCAACACACACAUCCCAACUAAAGCAGUGUUCAGGUUAAAUACUCCAUUGGACCAGUGUCCUACAGAACACUUGUCUCUAGCUUGGAAGUGAAUGGUCUCCUUCAAAUCAGCGAUACCGUCCGUGCACGUGUGUAAAUAAGUGUUUGUAGAGUCAAGGCCUUAGACACCUGCAGUAAGCGCGUUCCUCUCCUACAUCAGAAAGUAGUGCCUUACAAGGUACUGAUAUCGUUUAGUGUACCUUCUAUUACACUGGACUGGAAGUGAAGAAAAUAAAAAUAUGGAUGUCUCAAAACCAGCCACAAUGUACUUUUUAAAUAAAAUGGAGAAUAAGGCACAUGUCAUAGAAUAUACCUGCCUGUGACGUUGAUGGUGCAGCAAACAUAUUUUUGUUACAUGAUUUAAAGAGAUAAGAUGGGGUAACUGCUGGGGGAUGUGCGUUUGUGUGCGAGGAUGUGUGCGUGCAUGUGUGAAGGUGCACACAUGUCUAAGUUUUAAUACUUCUGGGAACUAUCCUUUAAAUUCUGGCUGUCAGAAUAGUUUGUGUUUUCCUCUUUAAAAAUCAGGGGGGUUUUGUUCUGUUUUGUUUAAGAGAAUGACGUCUAACCUAUAUUAUCUGUGCAAAACAGGCUCAAUGUGGUGGUUUUUUUUUUUUUUUGAAAACAGGUUUUGGAAAAUAAAAAUCAUACAUGAGCUAGGGAGAGGGAAGUAAACUCAGAUGUCCACUUUGAAGUUAAGGCUAAAACUUCCAAAGAAGCUUAAGAAGAGUUCUUCACCACUGAACUGGUCAUUUAAUUCUCGUGUUCCCUUCAAAAAUGCUAGUCUGCACUUACAGGCAAUUAAAGCAAAGACCAACUCAUAAGCUUUUUCUAGCAUUUUGCAAGCCAUGAUUAACUGUCUGGGUGAGACCCCACUGCAAUCUAAGGGAAAACACCCCAAGAAAUUGGUCAAACCUUUGAACCGAGGUCAGAACCAAAAUAAAAGAGGAUCUGCAGACCUGCUGAUGCUUACCAUUUCUAAUUUCUCCUUUUAGCCUUGGGUUUACACCUAAUUUGGCUAUCCAAAUGAGCACCUGAGGAGCUUAUGUUAAGAUUCAAAGUAUUCGUUUCCAGGAUAAAAACACAGAGUUCAGGACUUACUUUCUCACCUGAUCUCUGAAUUAAAAGAGAAAAAAAAAAAACAGGCUCAGAUUAAAAGCUAUUUUGUUUAAUGAACAGAUUAUUACCCAUUCAUUUCUGCUGUCCUUUCUACUAAGUGUUCUCUUAAGGCUUGAGGGCUGAAUAUUUGUAAAGAUAAUGACUUGAGCCAGACAUUUAGGUGGGGUAUUUUUGGGGGUGGGGGUGUUGGGUUAGGGUUUUGUUUGUUUUGUGGGGUUUUUUUUGUGGUUUUUUUCUUUUUUUAAAAAAAACCAAGGCCCUCUAGAGUUCACAGUGGUUGCAGCCUCCCUCACAGAGGACCUCUGCACAAGCAUCUUUAAAAACUAUCAACUCUAGGUGGGAUUUAUCUUAUUCUGCCUUCCCUUGAAGAAGGGGCGAGACUUGCCGGACCGAGGGUCUGGUUUAUUCCAGUCCAGUUGACUCUUCUUGCUGAGUGCCUGCAGCCAAGAGCAAGUGCUACUGUUUCAUAUAGCACCUGCAAUCACUUAGAAAUUAUUUGCUGUAUUGGCCCUGUAGUACAGUGAAAAAUUAACGAGCCUUCCCUCUCUCCCUGUUCCACUCCCCCUCGACAAAUACUUAAAAUGAGAAGGGUCAGCUGGGGUAAGGAAGGGAGACAAAUCGACAUUUUGCUAUUCCCAUAGCAUUAACAUCAAAGAGAAAAGCAAGUUAUGACAGGAAGAAGCAGAACACUGACCGUUAACAAGAAUGGCCCAGGAAAAGGGAAGGGAUAAUUCUUAUGAUCUGCUGCUAUUUUUCCUGUGCUGAAGUACAGAGCUUCAGCCCUGGAUUAGAGUAAGAAUAUUUAUACUGUAUUAUUACAGUGUUUUGCACUUUCAGAGAUGUUCUAGCUAGUAACAUUGUUGGACACUAUAAGAGGGAUUGUAUAUCAGCUUUGUUUAUGUAAUUGAAAUUUAAAAGGGAUGCUUAAAAUUUAAGAAAAAAUAUAUAUUUGAAAUGCAAUUUUAGAACACUUUCUGUAAAUGUAUAGGAAAAAGCUUUCACAUGAAUGUGCACUUCACUGGUCAAUCAGUCCUAGUAUAUACUUGAAAUCAAUGCAGUAUCCACUUCGGUUCCUUUUUAUUUUUCCUCCCUCAAUUUGACACAAUCCUUCAAUACCGUGUUUUGCUAUUCUGAGCUGAAAUGCUACAUAUAAAGCUGUACCAUAAAGCAGGAUAUUCCGUGUUUGACUGGAUGUGCUUGCAUUAAUAAAAAAACAAACUUGCUUCAACCAGG